AUGGCCUCCGCCGCCGCCGUCUCCUCCCGCCGCCACAAGAAGAUCGUGGUGGUGAUGGGCCCCACGGGCUGCGACAAGACCAAACUCUCCAUCGACCUGGUGUCGAGAUUCUUCCGAUCGUCGGAGAUCGUCAACUCCGACAAAAUCCAAAUCCACCGCGGCCUCGACAUCACCACCAACAAAAUCCAUCCCCGCGACCGGGAGAACGUCCCCCACCACCUCCUGGGCGAGUUCGACUCGUUCGAGUCGCACCCCAAGUUCACCCCUUCCGACUUCCGCCUCGCCGCCUCGCUGCUCAUCUCGCGAAUCCACUCCCGCCACAACACGCCCUUCGUCGUCGGUGGAUCGAACUCGUUCAUCUACGCAUUGCUGGCGAGUGGGACUCGGUGA